GAUUCAUCAGCGGCGGCCGAGAGUGAUGGGGACGAGUGCCGAGGCCUCCUAGGCGCGUCCCCUGCGCGAUCUCGGGGUCGGUGGCCUGGCUCUGGGAAAGCCAAUAUGGAAGAGAUCCUGAGGAAGCUGCAGAGAGAUGCGUCCGGGAGCAAAUACAAAGCCAUCAAAGAGAGCUGUACCUGGGCCCUGGAAACCCUCGGGGGCCUGGACACUGUGGCAAAGAUCCCUCCCCACUUGUUGAGGGAGAAAUGCUUGCUGCCUCUCCAGUUGGCUUUGGAAUCAAAGAAUGUGAAGCUGGCCCAACAUGCUCUGGCAGGAAUGCAGAAGCUCCUGUCGGAAGAGAGAUUUGUAUCCAUGGAGACAGACUCCGAUGACAAGCAGCUGCUCAAUCAGAUCCUGAAUGCCGUGAAAGUGACGCCUUCGCUCAAUGAGGACCUGCAGGUGGAAGUGAUGAAGGUUUUACUGUGCAUCACCUACACCCCGACAUUUGACAUGAAUGGGAGUGCCGUACUGAAGAUCGCAGAGGUGUGCAUCGAGACGUACACAUGCAGCUGUCACCAGCGCAGUAUCAACACUGCCGUGCGUGCCACUCUCAGCCAGAUGUUGGGUGACCUGACGCUACAGUUACGGCAGAGACAGGAGAACACGAUAAUUGAAAACCCAGAUGCCCCACAGGGAUUCCGCAGUCAAGGCUUAACAGUAGAGGCGCUUUGUGAUGACGUUGUCUCUGUCCUUGCUGUUCUGUGUGAGAAGCUACAAGCCUCCAUAAAUGACAGCCAGCAGCUGCAGCUUCUGUACCUGGAAUGCAUUCUCUCCAUACUCAGCAGCUCCUCUUCAUCCAUGUACCUGCACAGGGGCUUCACCGACCUCAUCUGGAAAAGCCUCUGCCCUGCUCUCGUUGUGAUCCUGGGGAACCCAAUUCACGACAAAACAAUCACCUCUGCCCACAGCACCAGCACCGGCACCAGCAUGGAGUCGGAUUCUGCCUCCCUCGGUGUGUCUGACCAUGGCCGGGGCUCAGGCUGCUCUUGCACUGCCCCUACCCUCAGUGGGCCUGUGGCCCGCACCAUCUAUUACCUUGCGACUGAGCUCGUCCGCUUAGUGGGGUCAGUGGACUCUCUGAAGCCUGUGCUCCAGUCCCUCUAUCACCGUGUGCUCCUGUAUCCCCCGCCCCAGCACCGAGUGGAAGCCAUCAAGAUCAUGAGAGAGAUACUUGGGAGCCCACAGCGUCUGUAUGAUUUGGCGGGACCAAGCUCUCUUGAGUCAGAACCAAGGAAAAGAUCUAUUUCCAAAAGGAAGUCCCACUUGGAUCUUCUCAAACUCAUCAUGGACGGCAUGACGGAAGCAUGCAUCAAAGGUGGCAUUGAAGCCUGCUAUGCCGCUGUGUCCUGUGUCUGCACUCUGCUCGGGGCUCUGGAUGAACUCAGCCAGGGGAAGGGCUUGAAUGACAACCAAGUGCAGCAGCUGCUUCUGCGUCUUGAAGAGCUGAGGGAUGGGGCAGAGUCAAGCCGGGACUCCAUGGAGAUUAACGAGGCUGACUUCCGCUGGCAGCGGAAGGUGCUGUCUUCGGAGCACACACCAUGGGAGACAGGGAAUGAGAGGAGCCCUGACAUCAGCAUCAGUGUCACCACAGACACAGGCCAGACUACCUUGGAAGGAGAAUUGGGUCAGACAACACCAGAGGACCACAAGAAUGGGCUCAAGUCACCAGCCAUUCAGGAAGGCAGGGAGACCAUGAGCAAAGUGUCAGAACCUGAGACCAUAGACCAGCCUGAUGUGGUUCAGAGAAGCCACACGGUCCCUUACCCUGACAUCACUAACUUCCUGUCAGUGGACUGCAGGACAAGGUCCUACGGAUCUAGGUAUAGUGAGAGCAACUUCAGUGUAGAUGACCAAGACCUGUCGAGGACUGAAUUUGAUUCUUGUGAUCAGUAUUCCAUGGCAGCUGAAAAGGACUCAGGCAGGUCUGAUGUGUCGGACAUUGGGUCAGACAACUGUUCACUCGCUGAUGAAGAACAGACCCCUCGGGACUACAUGGGCCAUCGGUCCCUGCGAACCGCUGCUCUGUCUCUCAAGCUGCUGAAGAACCAGGAGGCAGACCAGCACAGUGCACGACUAUUCAUACAGUCCCUUGAGGGCCUCCUUCCCCGGCUCCUGGCCCUGUCCAGUGUGGAAGAGGUGGACUCUGCCCUUCAGAACUUUGCCUCUACUUUCUGCUCAGGCAUGAUGCACUCUCCUGGCUUUGAUGGAGGCAGUAGCCUAAGCAUCCAGAUGCUGAUGAAUGCAGACAGCUUGUACACAGCGGCACACUGUGCCCUACUGCUCAACCUGAAACUGUCCCAUGGCGACUACUACCGGAAGCGACCAAACGUGGCACCAGGCAUGAUGAAAGAGUUCAUGAAACAGGUGCAGACCAGCGGUGUGCUGAUGGUCUUCUCCCAGGCCUGGAUCGAGGAACUCUUCCAUCAGGUGCUGGACAGAAACAUGCUGGGAGAAGCUGGCUACUGGGGCAGCCCUGAGGACAACAACCUUCCCCUCAUCACCAUGCUCACAGAUAUUGAUGGCUUAGAGAGCAGUGCAAUUGGUGGCCAGUUGAUGGCGUCAGCUUCAAUGGAGUCGCCUUUCACCCAGAGCAGGAAACUUGAUGACUCCACGGUAGCAGGUAUUGCAUUUGCCCGUUACAUUUUGGUUGGCUGCUGGAAGAACCUGAUUGAUACUCUGUCAACCCCCUUGACUGGUCGGAUGGCAGGAAGCUCUAAAGGGUUGGCCUUUAUCCUUGGAGCUGAGGGCAUCAAAGAGCAGAACCAGAAAGAGCGGGACGCCAUCUGCAUGAGCCUUGAUGGGCUGCGCAAAGCUGCCCGGCUGAGCUGUGCACUAGGGGUUGCUGCUAACUGCGCCUCAGCUCUUGCACAAAUGGCAGCUGCUUCCUGUGUCCAGGAAGAGAAAGAAGAAAGAGAAUCCCAGGAGCCCAGCGAUGCCCUGGCACAAGUGAAACUAAAAGUGGAGCAGAAACUGGAGCAGAUGGGGAAGGCGCAGGGGGUGUGGCUGCACACAGCCCACGUCUUGUGCAUGGAUGCCAUCCUCAGCGUAGGCCUGGAGAUGGGAAGCCACAACCCGGACUGCUGGCCACACGUGUUCAGGGUAUGUGAGUAUGUGGGCACACUGGAGCAUACCCACUUCAGCGACGGUCUCUCCCAACCCCCUCUGACCAUCCAUCAGCCACAGAAGACAUCUGGGAGCUCAGGCCUCCUUGGGGAACUUGAGUUUAAGAGCUCAUCCCAGGAGCAGAGUCUGGAACAGGGACCUUCCCUGAACGCGGCCCCUGUGGUCCAGCCCCACACCAUCCAGGAGCUUGUUCGGGAAUGUAGCCGUGGCCGGACCUCAGACUUCCGCGGAGGUAGUCUGAGUGGGAACAGUGCUGCCAAGGUGGUGCUCAGUCUUUCUACCCAGGCCGACAGGCUCUUUGAUGAUGCUACGGAUAAGUUGAACUUAACAGCCUUGGGAGGGUUCCUCUACCAACUCAAAAAAGCAUCCCAGUCCCAGCUUUUCCAUUCUGUGACAGACACAGUUGAUUACUCUCUGACAAUGCCAGGCGAAGUCAAGUCUACCCAGGAUCAGAAAAGUGCUCUGCACCUGUACCGCCUGGGGGACGCCAUGCUGAGGAUCGUGAGGAGCAAAGCGCGGCCCCUGCUCCACGUGAUGCGCUGCUGGAGCCUCGUGGCCCCACACCUGGUGGAGGCUGCCUGCCAUAAAGAACGCCAUGUGUCUCAGAAGGCUGUUUCCUUCAUCCAUGAUAUCCUGACCGAGGUUCUCACUGACUGGAGUGAGCCUCCCCACUUUCACUUUAACGAAGCACUCUUCCGGCCCUUUGAGCGUAUCAUGCAGCUUGAGCUCUGUGAUGAAGAUGUUCAAGACCAGGUGGUCACCUCCAUUGGGGAGCUGGUUGAGGUGUGCUCUGCACAGAUCCAGUCGGGAUGGAGACCCCUGUUCAGUGCUCUGGAGACAGUGCACAGUGGGAACAAGUCAGAGGUGAAGGAGUACCUGGUUGGGGACUACUCUAUGGGAAAAGGCCAGGCUCCUGUAUUCGAUGUGUUUGAAGCUUUUCUCAAUACCGACAACAUCCAGGUCUUUGCCAAUGCAGCUACUAGUUACAUCAUGUGCCUUAUGAAGUUUGUCAAGGGGCUGGGGGAGGUAGACUGUAAAGAGAUUGGAGACUGUGUUCCUGGAGCUGGAGCCACAUCUACAGACCUGUGCCUGCCUGCCUUGGAUUACCUCAGACGUUGUUCUCAGUUAUUGGCCAAGAUCUACAAAAUGCCCUUAAAGCCAAUAUUCCUUAGUGGGAGACUUGCCAGUUUGCCACGAAGACUUCAGGAGCAGUCGGCAAGCAGUGAAGACGGAAUUGAAUCAGUCUUGUCAGAUUUUGAUGACGACACUGGUCUGAUAGACGUCUGGAUCAUCCUGUUGGAGCAGCUAACAGCAGCUGUGUCCAUCUGUCCCCGACAACACCAACCUCCCACCUUAGAUCUGCUCUUUGAACUGUUGAGAGACGUCACCAAGACACCUGGCCCAGGGUUUGGAAUCUAUGCAGUCGUUCACCUUCUCCUUCCCGUGAUGUCUCUUUGGCUCCGCCGUAGCCACAAGGACCAUUCCUACUGGGAUGUGGCAUCCGCUAACUUCAAGCACGCCAUUGGUCUGUCUUGUGAGCUGGUGGUGGAGCACAUCCAGAGUUUCCUACACUCAGACAUUAGGUACGAGAGUAUGAUCAACACCAUGCUGAAGGACCUCUUUGAGCUGCUGGUAGUAUGUGUGGCCAAGCCCACAGAAACCAUCUCCAGAGUGGGCUGUUCCUGCAUCAGGUACGUCCUGGUGACGGCAGGUCCCGUGUUCACAGAAGAGAUGUGGAGACUGGCAUGCUGUGCUCUUCAGGAUGCUUUCUCUGCCACACUGAAGCCGGUGAAGGACCUGCUAGGCUGCUUCCACAGUGGCACGGAGGGCUUCAGUGGGGAAGGCUGUCAGGUGCGAGUAGCAGCACCGUCUUCCUCCCCAAGUGCCGAGGCAGAGUACUGGCGCAUCCGGGCCAUGGCCCAGCAGGUGUUUAUGUUGGACACCCAGUCCUCACCAAAGACUCCAAACAACUUCGACCAUGCCCAGUCCUGUCAGCUCAUCAUUGAACUGCCUCCUGAUGAGAGACCAAACGGACAUGCCAAGAAAAGCGUCUCUUUCAGGGAGAUUGUGGUUAGCUUGCUCUCUCACCAAGUUCUGCUCCAGAACCUGUAUGACAUUCUGCUGGAAGAAUUUGUCAAAGGCCCCUCUCCGGGAGAGGAGAAGACAGUUCAAGCGCCAGACACCAAGCUGGCCGGUUUCCUCAGAUACAUUUCCAUGCAGAACCUGGCUGUGAUAUUUGACCUGCUGCUGGACUCCUAUAGGACAGCCCGGGAAUUCGACACAAGCCCGGGGCUGAAAUGCCUGCUGAAGAAAGUGUCUGGCAUUGGGGGAGCAGCCAACCUCUACCGCCAGUCCGCCAUGAGCUUUAACAUUUACUUUCACGCCCUGGUCUGUGCGGUUCUCACCAACCAAGAGACUAUCACAGCCGAACAAGUAAAGAAAGUGCUAUUCGAGGAGGAGGAGAGAAGCUCAGAUUCCUCCCAGCAGUGCUCCUCGGAGGAUGAAGACAUCUUCGAGGAGACAGCACAGGUGAGCCCGCCACGAGGCAAGGAAAAAAGGCAGUGGAGGGCCCGCCUGCCUUCUCUCAGUGUGCAGCCCGUCAGCAAUGCAGACUGGGUGUGGCUGGUCAAGAGGCUGCACAAGCUGUGCAUGGAGCUCUGUAACCACUACAUCCAGAUGCACCUGGACCUAGAGAGCAGCUUGGAGGAGCCGCUUGCCUUCAAGAGCGACCCCUUCUUCAUUCUCCCCUCCUUCCAGUCCGAAUCGUCCACCCCAUCAACAGGUGGCUUCUCUGGGAAAAACACACCCUCCGAAGAUGACCGCAGGGAGCACCUAAGUGAGCCUCUGAGUCUGAGGGUGGGCAGUGGGGACAUACUUAUGCUGCCUCCCAGCCCCAAGACAGAGAAGAAGGAUCCUGGCCGCAAGAAAGAGUGGUGGGAGAGUGCAGGGAACAAGAUUUACACAAUGGCCGCUGACAAGACCAUCUCAAAGCUGAUGACUGAGUACAAGAAGAGGAGGCAGCCACACAACCUGCCCCCCUUCCCUAAGGAAGUCAAAGUGGAUAAGAAAGGGGAGCCCCUGGGACCUCGGGGUCCUGAUUCCCCGCUGCUUCAGAGGCCACAGCAUCUCAUUGACCAAGGGCAGAUGCGCCAUUCCUUUAGCGCAGGCCCAGAGCUGCUGCGGCAGGAGAAGAGACCCCGCUCAGGCUCCACUGGAAGCUCCCUGAGCAUCUCUGUGCGAGACGCAGAGGCACAGAUCCAGGCGUGGACCAACAUGGUGCUAACUGUUCUCAACCAGAUUCAGAUCCUUCCAGACCCGACCUUCACUGCUCUCCAGCCAGCUGUGUUCCCAUGCAUCAGCCAGCUGACCUGUCACGUGACUGACAUCAGAGUUCGUCAAGCUGUGAGGGAAUGGCUGGGAAGAGUGGGUCGUGUCUAUGACAUCAUCGUCUAGAGGACUCAGAUCCUAAGGAAAUGCCUAUAGUCAGAGUCUGCCUGUCGAUCCAGCAGAUUGCAUUUUCCCAACCACCAUCCCACUCAAACCAAGUCUCUGAAAAACUAGUUCUCUGAAACCUGGUAACAAAGCUUUUCCCAAGCUCUCCUUAAUUAGUCAACCUUGGGUUAGUCUGGAUGCCAACAUAGUGACAUAAUGAUCUCUGGCCUUGAACAUUGUUACAAAAGAGUCUGCGUUACUUGAUACAUUUCUAAAUCUAAUUUCCAAGUGCAUUUGCUUGCAGUAUUAUACCCCAAUGGGUAAUUUUCAACAUUCUCCUUUGGAAGCCCUAGGCUGAUCCAUUUGAGCCAUCAUUUUCAAAAUUAAUUCCUAAGAAAACAUUUGCUGGUAAGUCAAGCUGAUGUAAAAAAAAAAUCAUAUAACUGGCACCAGACAUAAUUAAUCAGAAAAACUUAUAUUCUGAUUAUAUAGUGUGGUUGGGAAGAAAACUGCAAAAGUCUUUUUUUUUUCAGUGUUCUAAUCAAGAAAGAAAUUACUUCUAAAAUAUAUUCAGGAACAUUUCAACAUUAUUCUUGAGGUUUUUAGAUCUUUGUGUUAAUAGUCACAAAUUCCCCAGGUAAGGUACUGUUGUGCCUUUAUGUCUCUGUUUCUAAAGGGAGGGAAUUUUUUCCAAGCAUGAUUUCAAGCCUGUGGCUUUAACAGGAAGUGGUACACAUUGUCACCAGACUUGACACUGACUACCCUAUGUGUUUCUUUGCUUCUGUUCUCAAGGCAGACGAAGAAAGACAAUUGGUGCCUUAGUCUUUGUUGCACAGAUUAUUUCUAUGCCCCACAAUUAUCUGAACAAUAAGGUACGACACUCGGUUUUAAGAAAGAUUCAGAUUCAUUUUCUAUCAGUAUCCUUUGGAGGAAAGGAACUCAAGAGUCCUCCGUCUGGUGAGCAUACUUCUCAGGGGAGGGGCAAGAACUGUGGGAUGGGGAGCCAGCUGGAAGGGGUGGGCUGGGGCUGUAAUAGAAUCAUUGUAAAAUCUUCAACUAGGAUACAGCUGUGAAAAGAUGGUGUCAGUUAUACACACUCUGGACUGAAUAGGAAGGGACACGGUAAAUUUAGAAAAUUAUUUUUUUUCCUAUGUAAAAUACCUCUCUCUAGCAAAUUUACUCUCUCAACUCAUGUUAUUCAGACCGAUAUUUUACCUGGAAAUUUCUUUUUCUAAGCAUUAUUAGAAAACGAACUUGAAAUAUAGAACCAUAUCUAUUGGGGGUUAGUUGAGCCUGAGGCUUAUACAUACUUAGAAACCACUGGGCUCCCCUGGGCCCUUACUACAAUAUAUUUUAUAUAUUUUACAUUAUAAUAAUGACUAAAACUUUUUAGACAAGCCCACUUACACACUAUUGUAUAGGUAUAAUAGGUACUGAGGCAUUCGUGGCAUUUAAGUGAGGCAUUUAACCUAUGCCUAAAAAAAUGUAUUCAUACGUCAGCCUCUAAAAAUGAAAACUCCACUCCUAAGUAUUGAAGGGUUUGAACUUUAUCCAGUGAUAAUAUUCAGAAAUGUUGCCCUCCAUGAGAACUACAUAGAUAUCUACAAGGUCAGAGCCAGAUACUUUGGCUUAUGUGGAAAAUUAAAAAAAAAAAUCCUAUUAUUCAGCCUACCAAAUAAACAAAUCAGUCUAGAGGACAUUUUCCUAAUCCCCCAAAGCAAUCUUUGCCUUCAGACAAUGAAUCAACUUGGGUAAUGUCUUGUUAGGGUUAGGGUCUUAUUGCUGUGAACAGACACCAUGACCAAUGUAAGUCUUAUAAAGGACAACUUUUAAUUGGGGCUGGUUUACAGGUUCAGAGGUUCAGUCCAUUAUCAUCAAGGAGGGAAGAUGGCAGCAUCCAGGCAGGCCUGGUGCAGGAGGAGCUGAGUUCUACAUCUUCACCUAAAGGAAGCCAGGAACAGACUGAGCAUCCUCAGGCAGCUAGGAGGAGGGUCUCCAAGCCCACCCCACAGUGACACACUUCCUCCAACAAGGCCACACCUCUAAUAGUGCCACUCCCUGGGCCAAACUUACGUAAACCAUCACAGGUAAUAAAUUUAAAAACUGACAUAAACAUGUUUUACAUUCUCCAUCUACUAGUUGGGAUCCAAACCAAGGCUGUUCUACACUACUGAGCUGUAUCUUCAUCUCUAAACUCAUUGAAUAGAAUUAUCUUACAUCUAACCUUUGAUUUCAUGUACCUUGCAAAUGUAGUUGAGAGUCAAAGGUUUUACUGUUUUGUUUGACUCAGCAAAAGCAGUAUAACCCUAGUUGUUUUCUUUGGUAGAUUCUUUGGAGAAUCUGUCCUUGGCCAGCCAGAAAGUACCUCCACGUACUGGAAAAAGAGCUUUGGUUAACCAGAUUACGGGACUGCAGCAUGUCACAAAAAUGUGACUGUUCAUAAGGAAUAAAAGCCACUUCCCUUGUACAAAUGCCCCAGAAGAAAGUUAGUGUUCUAAAAUAAGACCCCAUUCUCCCACCGUCUGGUUACAAGAAGCAUAUGAGACUAGUGGGUGAAAUCAUUCUCUAACAUCUUGAUCAUGGGUCUUGAGAAUAAAAUCUGAGAUGUACCUACUUACCUGCACUGUCGUAAAUAUUGUCAUAUCCUCCCAUCAGUCCUUUGUAAGCCCAUUCCAAGUCCCACUUUAUUCUUAGACCACCUCCAAGCCCUCUCCAGAAAAGACCACUGCACCCUUCAGAGUCCUACCAGAGGGAGAGGUGUUUGCAGCUUCAAAUGGAACAUUGCUCAAGGCAAAGUCAUAGCCAGUGAGUAGUAGUUCAGUUAAAUUGUUCUCUAAGUAAGAGGGAAAGCAACAAUUAGGAGGCUUGGAUGGACUGAAGUACUUCCCUCACUACCAGUCAGUCCCUUCUGGUGUCUAGUCUCUGCCUUUACCCCUCUUUUCUUUCACUCCUCCCACAGUCUCUGAAUGGACCCAGUGGUUUUUCCCUCGUCACGCAGGGUGAAGACCAUGGUCAACAUGGGCUUUUGAACUUUAGAACAGUCAUCAGCAGGACGUACAGUUACGUACAGAAGUAAGCAGAAUGGGGCUUUAUGUGUUGCUUUCAAUUGCUCAUAUUUACUAAAAGUUUAUUGCUUGAAGUUGAAGUUUUUUCUUUUCUUAGAAAAGUAAACAUCAUGAAACAAGCAACAUAGUAUCACAUAAACCAGGCAUGAUGAUACAUCCAAUCAUCCCAGCACGGUGUACACCCAUAAUCCUCGCACUCAGAGGGCGAAAGCAGGAAAAUGGACAUUCAAGGGCAUUUUAGGUUACAUGUGGAAUUGGAAGCCAGCCUGGACUACAUGAAAUCCGGUAGAACGAGCUAUCAGUUUUUAUGGUGGAAGGCUCAUAAAUUGUCUACAGAGCCUUGCUCAGCUCCUACAGCUCUCAGUUAGCUUUAAAGAUAGGCAAGGCUGCCUCUGCACGCUGUUUUUUUUGUUUUGUUUUGUUUUUUCUUCCCUUUAAUAUAGCCCCAGAUUUUCUCAUUUUGAGUUAUUUAAUUACAAACCAGAAGGACCCGGGAAACCGCUAACAGACAUUACAGAUUGGAUUAAAGUAUUUUAAAUCAAGCCAGACAUAUGCCUAUAAUCCCAGCACAGGAGAGGAUUAAGAAACACGAAUGAGACCCAGGACACCCUGGGCUGCAGUGUAUAAACCCUGUCUCACAAACACAAAUGUUAAAAGUCCAAAAGUACCAUUAACUUAAAUUCCUCGUAUGAUGAGAAAUACAGGCUUCUUGUUAAAAAAAAAAAAAAAACAACAGUAUACAGUUAAUAAAGAGAGGCCUUAACUAUAGAAAGGUACCGGAGUAUCUCAACUGAGACUCAUAAUCUCCCCAAAUAGAGAACAGAACCACCUAGAUAGGAAUGGUUUGUUUGUAAGUAGAAAAUCGAUGGCUGGAGAGAUGGCUCUGGGGUUAAGAGCAUUGGCUGCUCUUACAGAAGACUCAGGUUUGGUUCUCAGUCCUCACAUGGGGUCUUAUAACUUAUCUCUAACUCCAGUGUCAGGGGUCAUGAUGCCUUCUUCUGAUCUCUGAGGGCACCAGCCGUGCACAGGGCAUGCAGACAUAAAGGCAGACAGGUGUUCACAAAAUAAAAAUAGUUGCUGAAAAAAUUAAAAAUCUCUAAUCAGUCCCACCAACUAAACAGUGUGGAGACCUUUGUUUAAAGCUGGUAGCAUUGGGUGCCACUGGGCAGGGGCCUUCUUAGAGUAACUUUAUAAAACCUUCUUGGUUUUUUUUUUUUCUAGUUAAGUUCCCAGACCCGGAGAGGUUCAUAAAUUUGUCCAAGAUACCAAAUAAAAGGCAAACUUGUUUUGCAAAGAGAUAUCCCUGAGUUGAAAGGCCCUAAGCUUCCUCAGAUGUUGGACUGUCGGUGCUGAGGGAGCUCUGCAGUGUGAGAGAACGGGAAAGUUGCAAGGCCUUCCUUAGAUGGUUAACAUUAAAAUAUUUGCUUGAUGUGUCUGGCCGGAAUAUUUUGAGAAUUUUGAAAGUAUGACUUAGAAGUAGUGUCUUUGUAAUGGAAACAUAAAGGACAUCAACAUCUACACCUUAAUCCCAAGGAAAACAUUUAGUGUUCUAUUAAAAAUGUAGCAACAUUAGGGAGAAACAUGCGUGGCAGACUGUAAAAGCAGAAACAUGGCAGCCUGCAUGUUCAGGUGGAAUCCGUGUAUGUGCCACAUAUCGUUUAACCAACAAAGUGCCCUGCAGCCAAUGGAGGGAGCCCCUUUGCUAGCUUUUCUAGGGAAUGCCAAACCUAUACAGGUCACCGUCACCGCUUGGAGAUACACAGGAAUAAAACUCCUCACAAAUGCACAAGCCCUCUGCAAAGGAAACGGCAGUUUGUACAAGGUUUGUUCCAGGUAGGACAACACUACGUAUAGGACCGUGUGCCACUCCCUGACAUGUCUGCCUGCUUCCACAGGUGAGAAAGAAAGCAGAGCUCAGAAGCCUGCAGUAACGUAAGGACACGAAUGGGUUCGGGAGCCCAGAAAGAUUUAGCGUGGCCGUAGAAUACUAAAAGAACAUUUUUACCAAAAGUAUGAGCUUGGUAUUGGGGGUGAUUUAUAAAGUGGGUCAAGAGCUUGACUUAUAAUUAUACUCUCUUGGAAAAAAAUUCCCCUUAUUCAUAGGGAAACCUAGAAAACGUUUGUUUUAAGAAAUCCUAUUGCCCUGGCUAUCUUUAUAGUGUUUGUAAAGUGAUGGAAUAGAGACACCGUUUAGAUGUUCAAAUAGUGAACAGAUUACUUUAGGGGAAACAGACAAAAAAGAAAAAUAGCAUAUAUACCCAAGAUUAUUCUGGAGAAACUAGGUUGUGAACAAUGCUUUGCUUCCUUGUAAACAGGACACGACUUAUUAAUAAAAGCAAAAACCCACUACGACAUUAGUAGCAUCCACAAAAACCUUCACUCUAUCUUUGCAUCGCCAUGCAGAGAGGAAAGGACUGGCUACCUCAACUGUCAAGACCCAUCCAGUUGAGGCCCUUUUGGAUCUCAAGAACUGUUUGCACUGUGAGUCCUCGAGACGGUGGUUGAGCCUUUUGUCCGAAGGGCAAGUGGUUCUCUAACUUCAGCAGGCAUCACUCACCUAAGGGUUCCAAACCACAGAUGCCCAGGUUUCUAUUUCUAUACAUUUGGCAAUUUGCAUUUCUAGCAAGCUUCCAGAUGAAGCCACUGCUGCCGCUCUGGGAACCACAGGCUAGGAAUCAUUUCCUUUCAGAUCAGCCUGACUUAUCAAGCACUAACCUGACCUGACCCAUGGGCAAACAGCAUGGGAUUAAAUUACUUAAAACAUUCCAGUUCACCCCAUCCCAGUUUUAUUGUACCAACAGCUGGCCCUUACACAUUAGAAGACAAUGAAUGUAUACCUUCUAUGGAACCGCGAGAUAACUCUAAGCUCAUCUUUGUAUUUAUAAGCAUUAAUUCUAUAAAUGAUUGUUUGUAUCCUGUCGACUUGUACUGAAGGUGACUUUAAAUUUAUAUGGUAUUUUCAUUCCCUUCUAUAUAAUUUUAAUGAGAUAUUUCCAUGUAUGGCUCCAUCACAGCCUGGCUCCUGGCUUUCAGAGGCUUUUGAAUAGUUGCUUGCUUGCCAGUUACUUUGUGUCUUCGAUUGGUCAUUGACAUAUAAGCAUCCCGAAAUGCUAGGCCACUUCCUAUGGUAACUUCGUCUUUCGAGGAACUGUGCGGUGUAAAUUAGCACUUUAGUUUCAAGUUGAUCUGUCAAGCGUCUACUAAAAUGGCUUUGUGAAAAAUUGUCAAAAUGAAACAAUUCCUUUUGAGCAGUAGGUAUGCCUGUCUUGACUUUUCAGUAAACAUUGUGUUUAUAAAGAUAUCUGCACAAUGAAAUUUAUUAUUCCACAGGAUGGGGCAUAUAGGAAAGUCAACUUAUGUGCUUUGAGAAUUUAGUGAAAUGAGCCCUAUUACAGAUGGGGCCUCAGUUUUUAUUUUAGCUCUUUGCUCAGUUAAUUAGCCUUAGUAACUCCUUUUUUAUUUCAAAAUAAGGGCCAUGUAAUAGGAAGAACUGAUGAUCUGUGUUUUGAUUAAAUUCAACAUUUAAAUAAAACAAGUUUUAUCAAUGUAAUUCCAUCUACUAAGGAGGCUGAGGCAGAAGGAUCGUAAGUUUGAGCUUUGCCUGGGCGGCACAGAGAGAUUCUGUCUCAAAAAUUAGUGAGUAAAUAAAUGCACACGAAUGAAAAACAGUGGAGCAUACAAGAGAACAAUAAUUGAGUACUCUAAAUAUCACCUGUUUAUAAAUUAUCAAUUCUGUAUAAUUCUUAUUGACCUGAUAAAGUUUAUCUAAAUACUUUUGCUUAAUAAAUACUUUGAAAUAGUUUAAAUUAGACUAUUGUUUGAAUAGAAAGCAGUCACUCUAGGUACUUGUAUUAGCGAAGGCAUUAUCAACAGAGUGUUAAGGAUUCAAGUCUUUGGCUGUGUGGUUGAAAAUAAUUAAGAAUAUUUUCUUUUUGUUUUCUGUAACAAUUUAAAAAUUAUGUGCGCAGUUUGUUUAGUUCUGAUUUUAAUUGCAUCUUAAAAACUCAAUCUCUACAAAUCAUUUUUCCAAACUGUUUCAAUAAACUGUUUCCAAAAAGGAGGGGGAGGACCCGAAAGCCAAUCUAGCUUUUCUCUCAGACUUAAGGAGGCUUAAGCCCUUGACAACCCCUGCUGCAGUGGCCCUCCCCGCCCUCCUCAGGUCUCUGCUAGCCCUCUGCCACUGCUUGCUGUGCAGUUCUUUCCUCUGGAUAAUUUUGAAAUGAGUAUGAUGAUAGCAGUCAGUUUCUUGUUACAUAUUAGCUACUUUAGUCGAAGAUGAAUGACUUGGAUAUUUGGGUUUCUUUUCCGUUGAGACCCAGUAGGUUAGAAUACCCAGUGUGGCCUGAUAGGGUAGGAGAAAGUUCCUAGAGGGAAAGGUUACGUUUCAUUCUUGGAAGUUUGGGGGUGGUUGGGGGGGUGUUGGGGAUCAGGAAGGGGGCUAAAACUCAAUGUUUAUUCCCCUACCCAUGCCAAAAAACUAAUAUUUUGUAAUGGUUUUGUAAGAGGAAUAGACAGACAAAUUAAGUUUUAGCCAGUUCCCCCCUAGUCCCAUCCCCAUUUGAUAUAAGGCCAAUAGGUAGAGUUCCUUUUAUCCAUUCUUGUAUUAUACCAAAGAAUGAAUUUAUUUUCAUUAAAAAGUAUAAAUAAAUGAAGCUAAGUAUAGCCAUAAUGAAUGAGUAGACUUACCAUUUUACCUAGAAGAUGGAAAAUUCAUCCUUGCAACCAAUUCACCAGGAGCCUUGAAUUAUUUUUGUUUACUCCAAAAGCCUCAUCAAGGAAGCAUCACUUUUGUUUUGGCUCAUUUAGCCACAUUUACAAAGUCCUAAAAACCAUUCUCCUUCAAACGUGCUAGCAUAACUGGUUUGAUAUAACCUGUCGGUUCACUGUUUUCUUGGGGUCUCUGUCAGCAAGCUUGCAAGUGUAUUUUGUGUAUAUUUUAUCUGAAGUAAAAAAUAAAUUCUAAAGAGAAAAUAUUUUAAAAGAUAAUGUAUUUAUGUCGCUCGUGUUGUAGAAUAAAGAUUCAAAUGCAUCAAAAA